AUACAUGUAUUUUAUGUUUUGUUUCAGGAAUGCAGUAAAAAACAGAAAAAUGAUGAUACGCAAAGUACAUCUGUUGAUGCAUUGAGUUCAAAUGAUGGUCUUGAAGAGAAAAAUGAGUUUCAUACAUUGGCUAAUGCUAAAAUACUCCUUAGCGACUGCCUAGCUUGUGACAACUGCAUGACAUCAGAAGAAGGAGCCAGAGUUUUCCAACAGAAUCAGAAGGAGCUCUUUCGGAUUCUUAACCUCAAUAAGAAAUGUGAUACCUCAAAACACAAAGUGUUGGCAGUGUCUAUAUGCCCUCAGUCAUUGCCUUAUUUUGCUGCUAAAUUCAGUCUCUCUGUGAAUGAUGCAGCCAAGAGACUCUGUGGUUUCCUCAAAAGUCUUGGGGUACAUUAUGUAUUUGACACCACUAUAGCUGCUGAUUUCAGUAUCUUGGAGAGCCAGAGGGAAUUUGUGCAGCGGUAUCAGCGGAGGAACCAGGAGGAGCAUGCCUUACCAAUGUUUGCCUCUGCUUGCCCUGGUUGGAUCCGGUAUGCUGAAAGGGUACUUACCAAUCUUGUGACCUCUCACAUUUGCACUGCAAAGUCUCCACAGCAGAUCAUGGGCUCCCUGGUGAAGGGCUACUUUGCCAGGCAGCAGAACUUGUCUCCUGAUAAAAUUUUCCAUGUAAUUGUGGCACCUUGUUAUGACAAAAAACUGGAAGCCUUGCGGGAAGAUUUCUACACUGCCUUGUAUAAUUCACAAGAAGUUGAUUGUGUUCUGACAUCAGGUGAAAUUGUCCAAAUAAUGGAACAGAAAAAUGUGUCUAUGAAAGAUGUGACUGAAGUAGCUGUAGAUAGUUUGUUUGAUGAAAUAAAGGAGGGAGAUGUAGUAAGGCAUGAUGGGAAGAGAUCUGAUGGGUACCUGGAGCACAUUUUUAAACAUGCUGCAAAGGAGCUUUUUGGCAUGGAUGUCAAGGAAAUCACCUACAAAGCAUUAAAGAACAAGGACUUUCAAGAAGUUACCCUUGAAAAGGAUGGUGAGACAGUGCUGCGUUUUGCAGCAGCCUAUGGCUUUAGAAAUAUCCAAAACAUGGUUCUGAAGUUGAAAAAAGGAAAGUUUUUAUACCAUUUUGUGGAAGUCCUUGCCUGCCCAGGAGGGUGCCUAAAUGGAAAAGGUCAGGCACAAACUGAAGAUGGAAAACCAGAUAAAGCACUGCUUAACCAGAUGGAAGAAGUGUAUGCUGCAAUACCUGUUAGACUCCCAGAAACCAACAUGCACGUACAAAAGAUGUACCAGGACUGGCUGGAAGGCAUGGACUCUAAGAAGGUCCAGGAAACUUUGCACACCAAAUACAGUGCAGUAAAUCAAACAGCAAGCAAUUUGGAUAUCAAAUGGUAAUAAAUCAAACUUGCAAAAGAUUUGCUUAGGUUAGUUACAGAUUCAGCACUGGAAACAUUCUAUGCAAUCGCAGAUGCUAUGCACUAGCUGAGCGUAUGAAUGAGACGCUUCCUAAUUGUGGAUUAUUGUUUGAGAAGAACCAUUGCUUUUUAAAAACAGGAGGAGAAGUCUCCGAAAGCCCUGGUUCCUGCCAUUGUCAUUUAACUUUUACUGCGUGUAAUCUCCUGCGUAUAAUGGAUUUCUUUAUUCAAAAACGUGAUCUUGCAAGGUACAUAAGCACUUUCUGCCGGGGCAGGGAGUG